CAAUAACAUAUUUAGUGCCACGUAAAUGAACUACAACAGCAACAAUAUCCUAACGUAAUUAAUAAGAGUGUAAAGAAAAUACAGAGCUAUAAGCUUAUGCGCACAACUUGUCGCACUUUUCUGCAAUCAAAUGUAAUUGAUAAGCGAGCUAUAAGCGCAAAUCAGAAAAGAGCUGAUAAAUGCUCGUUUGUCAACAUUCUUCAAGAAAAGAAGUAGAAACUUCUAUUUAAUGAAUAUUUUUAAAAAAUUCAUUACUUUUCAUUCAUUAAUUAAUUAUUUUUCGACUUUCAAGGCUGAAAGAAACAUACCCUAUUUAUGUUAAGCUUUGAAAAAUUUCUAGUAUUAAUGCUGAAAAAUAAUAUUUUAUGGUGUACACUGGAAAUAGGUGUUAUUCUUGGUCUUAAUGGGAAACGUGUUCAUACUGUAAAAAACAAUAGAAGGAGAGGCUGAGUAUAUGAUGCAGUAAAACUUGCUCAAAAAGAGAUAAUAAUAUGACUUUUAUACUACAGAAAAUUUGUGAAGAAUAAUACUUCUUAGAGAUAUGAUUUAAAUAAACAAAUAUAUUCGUGUCGUAAGCAGAAAAGCUGUUCAUAAAACCGUCUACAGAUGGAGUAGGACCCUGCAAUCAAAUAAUUUUGCAGCAGAAGGUCACUUAUCAUUAACAUUCUAUUUCAUAUUGAAUGAAGUCUUAUUAAUGCAGUUGUAAAACAUUCACGUAACUAGCUCAUUCAAUUCCUCUUGCUCAUAAAAAUAAAGAACUUAUUCGUGCAGAAUGAGUAAAAACUCUAAUACAACUCAGAGCAAAUUAAAUAAAAACUAUUUUGCUCAUAAUGGAGAGAAACCUUAUUCAUGCAAUGUGUGUGAUAAAUGUUUCACACAUAAAAGAUAUUUAAAUUCUCAUUUUGUUGUUCAUACUGGAGCAAAACCAUAUUCAUGCAGAGUAUGUGAUAAAUCUUUCACACAGAAGUCUGGUUUAAAUAAACACAAUAUUCUUCAUACUGGAGCGAAGCCUUAUUCAUGCAAUGUGUGUGAUAAAUCUUUCACUUAUAAAUCUAAUUUACACCAACACUAUCUUGUUCAUAGUGGAGAAAAACCGUAUUCAUGCAGUGUGUGUGAUAAAUGUUUCACACAUAAACGAAGUUUAAAUGAUCAUUCUGUUAUUCAUACUGGGGAGAAACCUUAUUCAUGCAAUGUGUGUAGCAAAUCUUUCACCCAGAAGUCUGGUUUAAAUAAACACCUUCUUCUUCAUUCAGGAGAAAAGCCUCAUUCAUGCAAUGUGUGUGAUAAAUCUUUCACCCAUAAAUCUACUUUAUGUCAACAUUCUCUUACUCACAGUGGAGAGAAAUCUUAUUCAUGCUGUGUGUGUGAUAAAUCUUUCACACAUAAAAGGUGUUUAAAAAGACAUUACAUUCUUCAUACUGGAGAAAAGCCUUAUUCAUGUAGUGUGUGUAAUAAAUGUUUCACUCAUAAAAAAGGCUUGAAAGAACAUUCUGUUGUUCAUACUGGAGAGAAGCCAUAUUCCUGUAGUGUGUGUGAUAAAUCCUUUACAUUGAAAUCUAGUUUAAAUAAACACAUUCUUCUUCAUUCCGGAGUGAAGCCAUAUUCAUGCAGUGUGUGUAAUAAAUCUUUUGCACAGAAAAACAAUUUAAAUGAGCAUUAUGAUAUUCAUACUGGAAAGAAGCCUUACUCUUGUAGUGUUUGUGAUAAAUCUUUCACUUCAAAGCCUAAUUUAACUAGACACCUUCUUAUUCAUCGUGGAACUCAUGCAGUGUGUGUGACAAAAUAUUCUCUAGAUGAAGAAAUUUAAUUAAUAAUUUUUUUAUUUCUACUUAAGAUAAACUUUUUUUUUCCAUGCAGUGUAUGUGAGAGAUCUUUCAAACGUAAAUAAUUCUGAUUAGUAAUCUUUGAUUUAAAUUAGGACUAUCUUUCUCACCUGGACAUGCAUAGUAUCUCAUCUUUCUGAUACUUGAGUUAAACCUUAAUCUUACAAUCUGCAAUAAAUUUUGAACACUUUCUAUAAUGUUAGUUUAUGUAAAAGAAAUUGAAAUAUUCAAUAUGUUAUUCAUACAAGAGUGGAACCUUAAUCAAGCAGUGUGUGUGUGAUAAAACUUUCUCACAGAAAAUUCUUUUAAAUUUACUUUUUGUCUUCAUACUGGAUAUAAAUUUUAUGUAUGUGAUAAAUAAUUUUUACAGAAAAUAGAUUUAAGAGCUUAAUUCAUAGUGUAAGUAGUACCUUACUCAUAAAAUGUGGAAAUUUUUUUAAAAUAAAAACUCUGUAUGAUAAUAUAUUAUCAUAUCAAUCUUAUUUAUCGACACUAUUUUCAUCCUUCCGGCAUGAAGCCUCAUGUGUGAGACAUCGUUCAUUGAUUAACACUAGAAAGAUUAAAAAUUGCUGUGACCUGGAAAUUCUGAGGGGGCGAGUGUGGCCCUUUUUAGAUUAUUUAAAUAUAGAACUAAAAUAUGUGUCUAAAAAUAUUAUAAAAAAUAAUUUGUUUAAGA